UAUCCAAUUAUUACCUUUCUUUUGAAUAACAGGAUAGUAGUCGGUGGAAAGAAAAUGGAUGUCGUCGUAUGUGCGUGAUACAGAGAGACAGGACAGAAGCUUAUACAAUAGUUUUUAACAUUCCAGAUGUUUAUCUUCAUAAAGAUGGUGGAAGCAGUUAAGCAAUAACUAUAACACCAAAACAAAAAAAUAAUAGAUUUAAAUUUGGAAGGGAGGCUUAAAGAAAGAUCGACCUGAGCGAGAUGGGCCGGAAAAGGCAGCUUCAGUUGGGAUCUGCUCCCAAGAGAAGAACUGUGCUACAGUUAGAUGACAAUAGAGGUACUCGAUUAAGCAGCCCUGUUCCGAAUAAGCAAGGUAAUUCAUUGGGCUUAUUGAGCCACUAUGGAGAAGAUAGUGAAGAAGAGGAAGAAGGAUUAGCAGCAGCAAAACCUAAAACAGAAAUUGAUCUGAAAGUGGCUGACUUCCUUGCUGAGAUAGAGGCAUUGGACACUCCAAAUGGUAGCGGAUCAAACACACCUAAAGAAGAAGUGCAUGAAGAUGAAGCACCUGCUGUAACCGCGACAACAUCUUGGGAGGCCCCUGUAGCUCAGCCAUCUGCUGAAGAAAUAGGAGAGUGGCAGGAGCUUCUGGAUCCAAAUACAAACUGCAUGUAUUUUUGGAACACGGUAACUAACGAAGUAACAUGGGAGGUUCCACAGGCCCUUCAGGACAAAGUUGCCCCAGCUACUGCCAAAGCAACUGAUAAUGUGAACCAGUAUAAUGAAAAGGAGAUUCACCCCCCAGAGGUAGCAGCGGCUGUCACAGAAGUACCAGAAGUUGACACUGAAGAAGUUGAGGAAAUGCCCACUGCCUCAGCUUUUCCAUUAUUUGGGCCCAAGGCACCGAAAACAGAUAUUGAGGCAGAUUGCAGCAGUUCAUCGAGUACUUUCGACGAGGAAGUUAAUAAAAACAAAACUGAAUUUGUGGAUAAUUCUGAACCGUAUGGAAUGUUCGUGAAAGGCGAGACGUUGAUACAAGAGGAGAACCAGUACGAUAUAUUUGCAGACAAGUCACCUGUCAAGGAGAUGAAAAAGGAUGAUGAAGUUGAAACUGAUGAAGAGGAGGAUGAAGAGGAGGCCAUGGAGAGUGAUGAGAAGCAGGAGGAUUCAGUUGUUGAUGGGCAACCACUUGAAGAGUUUGAGAGGGAGGAUGAUGAAAGGGAUCCAGCAGUAGAAUUUGAUGAAGAUGACAUCGAUGCCCAGUUGGAACUGGCACUAGAACAGAAAAAGGCUGAAUUAAGAGACCUUGAUGGUAUUAAGGAAGAUCCGGUUUUAAGCGAUGCAGCAACAAGUCAGAAAAGAAAAUCUGAACAAACAACUGAAAGUAUAUAUAGUGAAAAUGGAGAGAUCAACCUGCUGCCAUUCAAGAAAAAACGAAUGGAAAUGUUGAGAGGACAAAAGCAGGCGUUGAUGGAAGAUAAAUCCACACAGUGUGAUGAUCAACUGGAACAGCAGUCCAUAGAGUAUAUGAAGGAAAAGACAAAGCAGAAAAAGAAAGAAGAAGCAGAUAUCAAAUGUGAGGUAGCAGCAAUUACAUCUGAUUUACGGAGCAAGCUUGGAUUUUUAGGGAUGUCAAGAAAAGACCUGAACAAAUUCCAUAUAUUGUUGAUUGAAAUGGAGACACGUGUGCAAGACUGGCGAGAUGGCAUUUUAGAUGGCAAGCAUUUAAUGAAAAAACUAGAAACUGCAAACUGGGAAUUAGAACUCUAUGAACGUGAAGCUGCACCACCUGAUUGGACAUGUGCGUGGGACAGAACGCACAAAAUGUAUUAUUACGUAAGCAACAGCACUGGUGAUUCCCAGUGGGAGUACCCACUUGAAGCGUUGGACCAACACAAGGUGAGCCUCGGCUCCACCGCCAAUGAUGCACAGUUCAUGAGCAAAGAUACAUUCAACCAGGCCUCAAGUGUCGGUGGCUACAACAUUGAUGACAAGCAGGGUGGUGGUCAAGUUACAGACACCGAAAAAGUUCCUGUUGAGAAAGCGAGUACAGAACAAAUUCCUUGUGAACCUCAGCCAAUCAUUGACAGAAAAAUUGACAUUCCCCCAGUCCCUGGGGAAAGCAUGUUUGUCCCUCCCUUACCAGAUGAACCACCACCACCUCCCCCAGAAGCUGAUUUACCACCACCUCCCCCUCCCAGUUCACCGCCACCACCUUUACCUCCUAGGCCUCCUCCAGAUUAUGACUCUGAUACCGAGCCGUUACCGCCAGGGGUAAGUCCACCACCAUCGCCACCGCGUGAAGACCCUGCUCCUCCGAUGCCGUCAGAACCUACUAUCCAGGAAGCUGACUCUACAUCGAUUGUAUCGAAACCUUUGGUGAGGUAUGUGAACCCGGUGACUGUUGUAAAUCCAGCGGUGAUUAUGGCCCCUAGCUACGCGUCUGUACCGGUGCAACCAGCAGUGUAUGCCCAACCAACCGUCGCCCAGCAGCCACCAGUGCCCAAACCGAAAGAACCUGUUCCUACAAAGACAAAAACAAAGAAGCCAAAAAAGGUUAAGAAAGCUCUUGCAAACAAAAAGCUUUCAAUGAAUUUAGUAGAGAAAUGGAAACAAAUUAAAGAAGAACAAGAGAAAGAGGAAGAAGUGGUUGAAUCAGAUGAAGAAGACAUGGAGACAAUGACACAAAGGAGGAUAGAGGAAUGGAAGGAAAGCCAAUUAAUGACAGGAAAAGCUUCGUACAAUGCAAAUUUCGAGAUGAUAAAAGGAGACUGGAGAGAGAGACUAAAGAGGAAGAAUAAUAAAUCAUAACACUUGUUUUGUCACUCGCGAGAAAUAUCAUCCGUUCAAAUUCAAACAGCUCCCCAUGCCUAGAUACUAUGAAAUGCCAUCAGUAGUGUCAUGCUCUAGAUAUAAUCAUUAAUUGAGCAGUCUCAAGAAUAUAUGGCUCAAUUUGCCAUAACGUAUAUAUUGAACAUACUUGAGUGAAACUUGGAUCCACCUUACCCACAAAAUCUAAUCUACCCCUUAGGCCAGUGUAUGAUUUGACAGAAACUUCUAAUGUAUAAUCUAUGUUGGUAGAAUUUGUUCCUUUAUGAGAUUAUUUUGAAUAGAUCAUGGUUAAUAAUGCGAUGAGAAUCAAAUUGAACGUGAUCCUGAUUUCCAUAGUGCCACCAGGGUUUGUUGAGUUAAGCAUUUUUAUGUCAAACCUAUUUAUACAGUAAUUGCCUUUAGUUUCAAUUUUUUGUUCCAAGCUCAUAGUGCUUGUUAUUUGAAAAUGGUAGGUGACCUAAAAAACCACACUAUAUUUGUUUGGGAAAGUAUAAAUAAUAUUAUUUAUGAUGCACUCAUCACGGGUGAAAUGAAGCUCAAAGCCAAUUUAUAAACCAAAUUACAGAAAACAAAGCCACAGUAUUUGGGUGUGUUAACAAGGUUGAAGGUGUGUGAUAUUAAAAGCCAUUGUUCUCUAUGUUUCACACCCCAGCAAAGGAGCUUAGGUGUGUGAUGGUGUAGGAGUGCUCAGAUCCCAAGCACUGUAUGUAAUAAUCAUGAGGCACCCAAGGAUGGAUCCAGAGAUAUCUGACCGGGGGAGGGUGUGCACCCUAAUCAAGAGACAACACCAUCCUUGGUGUUUGUUUUCUAGAUGCCUGUAAAUAACCUCAGAGGCGUUUUUUGUUUUUACUUUCCAAAAAGGGCCCUUCCUUCCCACCCCAUCACCCCCUUCACCAAUCUUCCCCUCAAAACUUCGACAAAGUCACAAGAAAAUCAAUCUAUCUAUAUUUUUUUCAUUAAUAUUAUCUUAGCUAUUAUCUGAAGAAAUAAUUAUGUAAUAAUGAAUUUGACAAUUUUUUAUAUCGUUUUUGUGCAUUAUACUUAAACAGUGAUGUCUGCACAAGUAAAUUUUUGUCCAGCGUGUGCACCCAACCUAAUUUUAUAUUUCUACAAUAUUGCUUUUCAGUUGUUCUAAUAUGUUACCGAAUCCUCAGUAUUGUUGAAGGAAGGCUAUUAGCCUAUUAAGUUAAAUACCUUUCCAUAGCUUAGUAAUAAUAAAUAUCAUUGGCUAGGUUUUGUGGAAGCUUGUUGCUUAAUAUAGCUGUAUGUCUCGGUAAGAUUCUUAUCAAAAUAAGUCGGAGUGCGAAUGAGGUUUUAGGUACAGUAACUAUAUUUUUGCCAUAAGGUUACAAUCAGUGCUUUGUUCUGUAGUAGUUACUGAAUGAACAUAACCAACAUAUUGCUUGGGAAAGUUAUGGGGAGGGUCCUAUAAUCAGAAUGGUAGAAGAGAGAGGUCUACAAACUGAUAAAUAAUAGUGUGGGUGGGGGGGGGGUGUUUGUGUGUGUAUUGGGUUGUUGGAGUCCUCUAUACCAGUGAAUAUUAGGAGGGAUACCUAGAAACAUGUGAAUAAUAGGCAGGGGGUUUUUGGAAGGGGAAGGGGCAGGUUGCAGAGGGUGUGGAUGCAAUUUAAAAUGGUUCACUUUUUAAAACCUAUUUAUUUUACUAAAAUCGUCCCUUUACUGUAAAGGUGUAUGCAUUUCAUUUGACAGCUCUUCUAAUUGUUGAUUUUUAAUACUGUAACUGUGGAAUAUAGUUAGAGUAUGUUUUAUACUUUCUUAUCUGACGUUAAUCGGUGAACCUUCCAGUUUGUGGUACGAAAUUUGUUGGAAAUUGAUAUAAGCUUUGUUAAUUGCAGGUUAUAAUUAGGCCUACAAUAAACACAUUACUUUAUCAGGUCUGUAACAACACCCAAAUGAAUAGAAAUUUAAAUAGAGUUUUCAUGAAAAAUUAGAAAUCAAAUGGGUCCUCAAAAAGCUACUUUUCUUAUGAAGUAGCAAAAAAUAGAAUCGAUUCAUAUAAACAGGUAUAUACUAGUGGAGCAUAAUGGGAAAGAUACCUGCUAUGUAUUUUAAUUCAGUAAAUACAGUAAUAGGGGAUUUCUGAAAACAGAAGAAUAAUGGGAGACCCAAAGCACAGGAAAGUAGGACACUUUAGGGUUACUAAUAUGGAAUAAAUGUUUAAUUUUAAGCUGCCUGGCAUAAUAGAAAAAAGUUGUAAGCAUAUACUAUUGCAGUAUUAAACUGUUCAAAAAGGAGGUUUGGCCGAAACCUUCAAAUCCCACUGGCUGGGGCCUGGCUUACACACAUAAGAAAUUCCCUAAAAUUUGACCUUGGCUUCCAUUUUUCACUGCGUGGGAAUCAUAAUUUUGUAUAAUUAUGUUGGCAUCCAACCUUCUACUAGAUUUGUUUACAUACAGUAGGCCUAUUCAUGUUUAUGUUUAUUUUUGUUAUGAUACAAGUAACGACAUAGCCCUAAUUAACAAUGUACUUGUAUUGAUUGACAUUGCAAAUUAACGAUUUGUAGACAGGAUAGCAACAGUGCGGAAAACAUUUUACAGUACAGUACUUCCAAAAUAUGUGCGCUCUGAAAGAAAAUGGGGUUAGUUGAGGGGCGCUAGUUGGCAAAGUAAUGUGAUACAGGGGCUGAUCCAGUCAACAGUCUAACAAUAGGUACAGUAAGUGAGUAGCACAUAACACUGAUUUGCAUUGAGAAUUGGAAAAAAAAAAAAAAAAAAGUAAAUAAAUGGAUCCGCCCUGUGAUAUGUUGUUAUUUUCAACUACUUGAUAUGUACGGUAUUGUUUUUUUUGGGUUUUUUUUUUCUGCCUUGCAAAUUUUUAUGAGAAAGACUUUUGAAAUGCAAAAGCUUUCCCGUGGAUACAUAGGCUACAUAUGCAACACAUUGUGGAUGUGACUGUUAAAUCUAGUGUAUAGAAACAUCCUUUACAAGUAAAGAGCUAACAUUUAUUUUACAUUAUUGUAUCAAGCUGUUCAGGUUUAGUCUAAAGAUUUCUAUGAAAUAAACAUUUCAUAUUGAAUACAAAA